AUGACGGACAAUGACACCGCGGAACCGGUGUUACGUCGUGGGCAUCAGACGGACAAGAUAGUCCCUAAGAUAGUUGGGCAGGCAGAUAAGCUACAACAGAAAUACCAAGGGCAGACUGGGACGGGGAGCAGCGACAAGAAAGGUCCUCCUGGAGGCUUUGACCCUACUCCUCUCCCCAGUGUUCCUCCUGGAUAUACAUUGAGAAUCACGUUCCACAAGGCGGAGAACCUCCCCUUUGCCGACCUCAAGACAUUGUCGUCUGAUCCCUACAUUCUCGCCAUCCUGCAGACGGAUGUACCCAAGAGACAUAAACAAGAUCCGGAUGUCCAAUGGAGAACACCGACGAUACAUCGAAAUACCAACCCGGAAUGGAACACGGAAUGGAUAGUUGCUAAUGUUCCCAAGUCUGGGUUCUUUCUGAAAUGCAGAUUGUAUGACGAAGACCCCAGCGACCAUGACGAUCGAUUGGGGAAUGCGCAUAUUGUGGUGCAUCACAUCGAUGACAACUGGAAGGGCAUGUCGCACGAGCGGUUUAACCUGAAGAAGCGCAUGGGAAGCAAGAGAGCGUACACACUUCGUGGAGCGGCCGCGCUGGUGUCUAGGCGCGUCAAAAUGGGUGGACACCUUAUUGUCAGCGUCGAGAACCUGGGAAGAACCAAAGCUGAAAGUGGAGGGCACGUAUAUACCGUCGGCCCACUGGCCUGGAGUCGGCAUUUCUCGCCGCUCAUUGGACGACUGGUGGGUAUCAAGGACACGGAGCAGGGGCAGGAUGGCAAGAAGACUGAAAAAUACAACUUUCAAGCAAUCCAACUGCAACUUCAAGGACCCGUCCCCGCAGAUCUGUAUCAUCGAUAUGUAGAGUUCAGGCCAUUUAUCGCCGGCAUGUUCACGGCUCAUUCAUUGCGUGGCCGCCUCCUGAAUCGAGCUCUUCACCACCAACAUGCUCGAAUCUACAAUUAUGACCGGACGACCAAAUACGGCUUAUUCCAGGAGCCGUGCAUGGAAUUGACAAAACAGUUCCUCGAGUUUGUGCAUUACGACGAAGGCGGACGGAUCUUCACCUAUGUUUUGACCUUGGAUGCUCAAAUGCGGUUCACCGAAACGGGCAAGGAGUUCGGCGUCGACCUGCUCAGCAAGCACACCAUGCAUAGCGAUGUCAGCAUCUAUAUCGCCUUUAGUGGAGAGUUUUUCAUCCGAAGAAUCCGGCAGGCACAUCUUCACAGGAAAGACAAGAACGUUGAUCCGGCAUCUGGGACGCAUCCUCCAGCACCGGAUCCGGAGGACACCAAGAAUGGCAACGGGAUCAAAAAGAACAAUAAACGAAAAGACAACAACAAGGAAGGAGCCCAAUCUAGGACAUCUGGUGGCAUCACACCCAGCCGAGAUCCCUCGGACUACGAACUGAUCAUCGACAACGACAGCGGCACGUACCGGCCCAAUGCCCAAAAGCUCCCAUUGCUGCGGGAGUACUUGUCGCAUAAUUUCCCCGGGCUGAAAGUCGUCACGCUUGAUUGUCAAGCGGACGAGGAGAAGAUGAAGAAGCUGAAGAACGAACAGCGCGAGCGGAAGAAACAAUCCGGCCAACAAGUCAUGUACCUCCAGAACCUCAGCAUGAGCAGUCUCAGUUCCAGUGACGAGGAACGGCUUGAGGCUGGAGCGCCGGACGGUCAGCGAAAGGAGAGCACAUACAAACAUGGAAUGCACAAGUUGAUGGAUGGAGGUAAGGACCAGCACCAUGAUGGCGGGUCACCCGAAUCCGGGAAGGUGGACGCAAGUGCUGAAAGACAGGAGGUGGAAAGAAAUGGUGAAGGCGGAGGAGGAGGAGGAGGAGGUAAUGAUGAGCCAGCUGUUCAUGGCAGUCCUGCUGGUCAGGAACCCGAGAAACAGCAAUGA